AUGGCUGCACCUCCGGAUCUGAACGCCAUCUUGGCAGCUCUUGCUGCCGGGCGAGGCCCAUCCAUUACUCCGUCGCAGACCCCGCAACAGCACCCUCCUCCACACCAGCCCCCGCCUCCAGGCCUACCUGCAGGCUUCCCUGGCGCAAUGCCCGCCGCGACGCCGCCUCAGAUCCCUGGCUUCAACUUUCCGCAACCCACCAGCUCCGGCAGCCUCGACCUUAGCGCGAUCAAGCCCGUCAGCUCUGGUUCAGUCAGCAUUCAGGACGCGCUCGCGAAAGCGCGUGGCUUUGCGGCACAGAAGGGUCUUGCCUUUGAUGCGCGUCCAGGUAUGGACAGCCAGUGGUCUGGUAUGGGCGGAUCACCGCAGACUUACGCAAUGUCAGCUCAUCAAGAAGAUCCGCGACUCAGCGGACGCCCUUACCGACGUUCGCGAUCUCGCUCAAGGUCACCGCAGCGCCGAGACAACCCCCGUGAUAGCUACAACCCGUACCGAGACGAGCGCCGUGAUGAGCGUCGUGGCGGACUCGGCAGCUAUGGCCGCGAUCGCUCUCGUUCUCCCUCUAGGCGCAACACUUUCUCCCCACCCCGCCAGCAGUAUGGCGGACAUGAUCGUGCCACUCCCCCCAAUGACAACUCUGAGGUAAUUCUCAUUGAUUCUUCGCUCGUUGGUCUGGUCAUAGGACGUCAAGGUGAGAGCCUUCGUCGCAUUGAACAAGAAUCAGGCACUAGGAUCCAGUUCAUCAACGGCCCUGAGGCCGGACCGCAGCGCCAGUGUCGCAUCACAGGGCCUCCCGGUGCCCGUAUCAGUGCGAAGCGCGAGAUCAACCGCAUCAUUGAAGAGAAUGGCGGCAACCCUGCUCGUGAGACCGGUCGCAACGCGCGCGCUCCCCAGAAAGCGAUGAGCCAACAGCCUGCUCUUCGUGAAGGUGAACAGUCAUCUCAGAUCAUGGUCCCUGACCGUACUGUUGGUCUUAUCAUCGGCCGUGGCGGCGAGACCAUCCGUGACCUGCAAGAGCGCAGUGGAUGCCAUGUCAACAUUGUCGGUGAAAACAAGAGCGUGAACGGCCUUCGCCCUGUGAACCUCAUUGGAAGCCCCGCUGCUGCUGCCCAUGCAAAGGAGUUGAUCAUGGAGAUUGUCGACAGUGACACCAAGCAGAUGGAUGGCUCUAACCAGAACCAACCGCAGCAGAACCAGCAGCAGAACCAAAGGCGUGACUUUGACCCGUAUGGUGGAGGCGAUGGUGGCGGUAACAAGAUCAACGACAGCAUCAUGGUUCCUUCAGACGCCGUUGGCAUGAUCAUCGGCAAAAAAGGUGAGACCAUCAAGCAAAUGCAGUCCGAGACUGGCUGCAAGAUCAACGUCACCCAAGCCUCAGGUGCCGACAUCGAGCGUGAAAUCGGUCUUGUCGGUUCUCGUCAAGCCAUCGACGAUGCCAAACAAGCUAUCUGGGACAAGGUCGAUCAAGUGAAGGAGAAGAACAACAACAACAGCAACAACAACACCAACAGGCGACGUGACCACGGCGGUCAGGAUAACAACUACUCACAGCAGCAGCAGCAGCCCCAACAGUCCUUCGGCCAAGCCGCUCCUCAAGGACAGCCACCCGCGCCUGCAGCAGGUGCCCCAGCUGGCGGUGCAGCUGACCCAUACGCCAUUUACGGCGGCUACCAGAACUACCUGGCGAUGUGGUAUGCAUCGUUCGCUCAACAGCAACAGCAAGGAGGUGCACCACCGGGUCCCCCUGGUGCUUAG